AUCAGUUGCAGCGUCACCCUUGAAACGCCUUUUAUUUGCUUAUAUUUUAUAUUAGGAAAAUCAUACAUUUUCUUUGCGUUGAUGUUAGUGAUAAAUAUAUAAUAUGUUGAAAAUAUCUCUGAUACUUUUUGUGUGUGUCCUGUUACGUAAAUGUAUUGGAAGCAUCAAUAGAUCUGAAUAUUUUUUCCAGGAAGUGUCUGUCGGGGAAACUGCAGUAUUAACAUGUAAAAGUAGAAAUGAUAAUUAUAGUUUUGACUUUUGGAUGCUGGAUAAUAAUGCGAUAAUUGGUAUUGCUAACCAAGGGUUUGAUAAUAAAACGUUUUCUUUGGAAUGUGUUACAGGAGACUUAACUAUUCGGACUAUAUCAAAGGAACAAGAAGGACUAUAUGCAUGUAUUUCGAGAAAUGCUACAACAGGUGAAGUUAAAGUAGAAUCAAUCAAAGUAAUUGUAGACCAAGACUGGGAAGAUGUAUAUGAACAUGAUUCCAACAUAAAUCUAAUAAGGGUGUUAAUCAUAGUUGCUACAUUAGUUCUUGUUGCUAUUGGAGGCUAUGUUAUUUUUAGGAUGUGGAGGGAACGGUAUUAUUAUCCAAGUUAUUUAGGUCAUGAAGACGAAAGCGAAAGUAUCGAAGAAAUUUAUAGAUCCCCAACAACUUCUGGACUAAACCGUUCUAGAAGUCCUCGAAGAAUAAUUUUAGAAAGAACUAUUUCGCACCCUACAGAUGGAGAUUCAGUCAGUACUGAUUUUAAAAGUAUCCUGGAAAGAACUAAUAGUUAAAUUAACAUUUGUUUGAGUUAAAAGUUUAAAAUAUUUUUGGGAAAUUGUUUAUUUAUCAAAAAAUAUUUAAACGUUUAUUGUUAGUAUAUGAAAAUGUUUUAAUAAGAUUGUUAAUAAAGCUAGUUUUUUUUACUUC